AUAUAUAUAUAUAUAUAUAUAUAUAUAUAUAUAAAUUAGAAAGAAAAAAAAUCUGCCGCAUAGUCCAUAUCACAAACCAUCUCAUAGCACAAUUCACAAAGAUACAAAGCAUCUGCCGCAAAGUCCAUAUCAUAAAACCAUCACUCCAUCAGAUGCACAACGACACAAACCAUCAGACUAUCCGAGUGAUGAAAGUGAAUCAAACCCACAAACCAUCACAACUUCACAAGCCAUAACCAUAUCAAAAACCAUCAAUAGCACAAACCAUCAGAGUGAUCAGACGCACAAACCAUCACAAGCCAUCUCGAAUGAAUUCAAUCAAGAAGAAGCGAAAGAAGAAACUCCAGCUGGUUUCCUUUUGGCAGACGUCUAUAGGAUACGUUUUGAUUGCUUCAGCUUUGAUUGCGUCUCGAAGAGAAGACGCGAAGAGCAGAAGAGAAGAAGAUGCGAAGAAGUGCGGCUGUUUUGUCUCCACUAGAUACGACCGUAUCCGUGGCGUAUCAAAAUUAGGAUCCGUUGGAUACGCGUAUCCGGGCCGUAUCGCACCCGUAUCCCGUAUCGGUACGGGAUACGAAGAUCUAAUUGCUCAUGCUACUGCUACUGCUCAUGCCACUACUACUAUUAAUGCUCCUGCUACUGCUCCUGACAAGUGCAGUAGAAGAACACGAGUAUGAGUGUAGCGAGUGCAGUAGUAGGAUUGGGCAAGUGCAGUAGCAGGAUUAGGCAAUGACGAGUUCAGUAGCAGAACACGAGGAGCGCAGUAGCAGGAUUAGGCGAUGACGAGCGCAGUAGCAGAACACGAGUACAAGUGCAGUAGCAGAACUGGACGAGUAUGAGUGCAGUGCAGUACCAGGAUUGGACGAGUACAGUAACAGGAUUAGGCGAUGACGAGUGCAGUAGCAGAACACGAGUACAAGUGCAGUAGCAGAACUGGACGAGUAUGAGAUUAUUCAAAAAAAGUAAUUAAGGGUAAAAAAGUAAAUUAACUCAUGGCAUGUGACAAGUGGAGAGCAGAUUGUCCUUAUUUGUAAGAUUUAAUCCUUAUAAAGGGAUUAGAAGUCAAAAUAAGUAGUUAAGGGUAAGAAAGUAAAUUAACUCAUGACAUGUGACAAGUGGAGAGCAGAUUGUCCUUAUUUAUAAGAUUUAGUCCUUAUAUGUUUAAUUCAAUCUUUAAAUGAUGUAAUUGUUAAGUCAUCUUUUGUCAAUAACUUAUAUGUAAUUUGUUAUA